CUCAUAAUUCAAAGUUAUAGCCGAUGUCAUGCGAAUGGCUAGCUACAUGAUUUCCUUUAUAUGGUCUCCUAGUUCAAGAGCCAAAGAGAAUGCAUGCAUUCAUUCCAUGGCAGGAGAAGCCUCAUCCAGUAGCUGGUGGGAGAUCCCUGCCACCUCUGUCUCCACUCACGACUCCAUCAACAAAUGGCCGCCUCCCAGCCGCCGAUACAGUUCACCUUACGACCAAGACCCUGCCUCUUCCUUCACCAACAUACCGGGCCUCAGCAUGAGUUCCUCAUCGGCCAAUAUCUCCAGCGAGCCGGUGCAGAGCCAACUAUGGAACCAAGCUUUGUUAAACGUCGGAGGCGGCAGAGACACCCUGAACCACCACCAUAAUGACAACGAAAGCUUUUUGCAACCAUUGAACUCCAAAAGCCUGACAACAGAUCAGAUCUUCCACGGUGCUAACGACUACCUGAGCACUCCACUGUCACUGAGCAGCCUGGAGAAGUUGAGCAGACUCCAGGUUGAGAGAUUGAGCAGUAACACAUCAGACAUGGCUAUCAACUGGUCUUUAGCACCUCCAAACCCUCACCUGGACCACCCUCUUUCGCCAUCAGUAUCAAGCCUUCCUGUCACUUCUUUGCUGGCUGAUCACUACUCUACACUGAACCUUGCUGAUGUUAAGCAUGAUAGAUUACGUUCAAGUUACUUGUCAUGUAGUUAUGACGGCGUUACCAUUAAAGGAGAGACUAACGAUCAGCAUCAGGAGACGAGCGUCAAUAGCAAACUGUGUCCAAAUGAGUUGCUUUGGACUGGCACCAGAAGUUUGUCAGAUGGUAUUUCUUUCACUGGUUGUUUGAACAAGCCACUGCUUGAAGGCUCGGCUUCAUCUAAUAGAAGAAAUGGGAGAACAUUUACUGCCACCAGUGAAGGGAAAAGGAAAAGACCUGAUUACAGUUCAGAGAUACUGCUGAAGAAAUCCAAGCAUGAGAAUUCAACGGCUUCAUCUACUAAGGCACCUAAGAUGAAGUUGACAGACAAGAUCACUGCGUUGCAACAGCUCGUGUCACCUUUUGGCAAGACUGACACUGCAUCAGUGCUCUUUGAGACAUAUAAUUGUAUCAAAAUUUUGCAUGAGCAAGUACAGUUGCUCAGUGACCCAUACAUAAAGUCAAGUGGUAGCAAGGAUCACAGUGGUUGGGGAGAGAUGGCGAGGAAGGGGAUAGCAGAGACAAAUCUUGAUUUGAGAAGUAAAGGGCUCUGCUUAGUUCCUAUUUCCUGCAUUCCGGAAGACCAUAAAGAAAAUUGUGGCAUGAAGAAAUUCUUCCAUCAUCAAAUCUCUUAACAGCUAUACAUUCUUUUAUCAAUGUUCUCAUUAUGGUACAAAAAGGCGGAAUCCGCCGCCCCGACGGCCCCCUACGCCUGCCCCAUGGUGAUGUAGGAGGAGGGUUAAUCAGGGUGAAUGCUGGGUUGACAAGUGGUUGGGGGUUCGAGGCUUUAAGCCGGCAGACGGGGAUAUUAUCCCACAUUGCAACCGUCGACACUCGAACCUGCUGCUUCAUGGUACAACUUCCCAGCCACUUACCAACUGAUCCAGCCCCUGGGGGCAUCAAUGUUCUCAUUAUGAUGAGACUGUGGAAGGUUUAAUUGCAGGAGCUGCGAUGAUCCUUUCUUCCUAAAUUAACUUUGAUUCAAGUGAAAAAUAAUUCUGAAGCAUGUUGUUGAAGAGUGCUAAAUGCAAGGUCAAAUAA